UUAUGGGGGAUGAAAACCAAACUGCAGAGAUCCAGUUCCAUUUUUACCCAUUUUCACCCAUCCUGGAGGUACAGAUAUUUAUAUUUGUGAUUUUCCUGCUACUGUACAUUGGCAGUCUCGUUGGUAAUGCCACCAUCUUUCUCACUGUCUGGGCUGAGCAUUCACUCCACACCCCCAUGUACUUCUUUCUGGCCAAUCUGGCAUUUCUGGAGAUCUUUUACUCUUCUACUGUUGCUCCCCUGGCUUUGGUCAACCUCCUGACCAUGGGGAGAAUACCCAUCUCUUUCACUGGGUGUGGCACACAGAUGUUCUUCUUUAUCUUUCUGGGCAGUGCUGACUGUAUCCUCUUGGGGAUCAUGGCUUAUGAUCGGUUUGUAGCAAUCCGGGAUCCCUUGCGUUACACCCUCAUCAUGAGAUGGCAGCUGUGUGCCCAGCUGUCUGCGGGAGCCCUGGUCCUAGGUUUUAUUCAAGCCUUACAACUGACAGUUCUCAUUUUCCAUCUGCCAUUUUGUGGCCACAGUAUAAUCACUCACUUCUACUGUGAUGUGCUCCCAAUCUUGCGGUUGGCUUGUGGAGAUACUCAAACACCCGAGGCUAUGCUUUUCAUCAUCAGUGUCAUCAGCCUUACCAUCCCCUUUUCCCUGAUCUCCAUCUCCUACAUCUUCAUUGUGGCUGCCAUUUUGAAGAUCCGCUCAGCAGAGGGACGGCACAAAGCCUUCUCCACCUGCUCUUCUCAUGUGACGGUGGUUCUCCUCCAAUAUGGCUGCUGUAGCCUUAUCUACUUACGCCCCAGCUCCAGCUACAACCCGGAAAUGGGCCGCGUGGUGUCUGUGGUCUACACCUUUGUCACCCCUUUCUUGAAUCCCUUGAUCUACAGCAUGAGAAACAAGGAGCUGAAAGAUGCACUAAAUAAGGUAUCUGUUUCUUGGCUGCUUAUCCAGUACCAUAAAUCAGUCUACAUAUUCCUACAUCAAUACCAUAGCACUUGCAUUACCAAUAUUUUAUAUCAUUUAUAUAACAGUUGGAUCAAUUUAUCUAUACAGAAAAUUACCACAAUUAAAAGGUCUGUUAUGGGGGAAGGAGCCCAAAUGCUGUCAUGGUAUAUUUCUACCAAAUAG